ACUGCCAAACAGCCAUAGACCACAUUUAAUGAGUCAUUUGACUUGCCUGCCCCAUAUCGGCAUUUCACGUUGAUAUAACGAAAACGCACAGCGAAAGUCGUUCGGAAUGCCACCCUUUUGUUGUGGUGGCCGUCGCUGUGCCAAGGACUUGGUGGAUGAAAAUCUGAACGAAGGUGGUCGCGAGUCGCUAAGGGAGACGAUAUACACCACGACCGCGGAGUAUGAACGACCAUUGUCCCUGAAGUUUUAUGCCCGCCACGACUGGCCCUAUUUUAAUUGCACGGACCAAGAGGUGCAACGCAUACGGGAGAAACUUGACCCGGUGUCACUGCAGAACGCGCGUAAAAUUAUCAGCCUGGACAAGGGCGUUGACGAGAAGUACGAGAUGAAGCACAACACGCCGCAGCCCAUGACUGUCAACCAGAUAUACGGAUGGUACUCGGAUAGAGCCCACCGCUAUCUGAGGCGCGACCGCGGCACAUUCGUCUUUCCUCACGAGAACGAUCCCAUGAUUGAGCAAAUUUUAAGGAACAAACUCAAACGCUCUUAAAGUUUCCAUCUUGUUGCAAAGUUUAGUGCACUUACAGUUUAGAUUCAGAAAAUUUUUUUUUUUGAAAUAUGAACAUUGUUCUGACGAAAUUAAAUAGUGACCAAAUG